AUAUGCAGCCUCGACAUCGACUCCAAGGCCAGUUAUGUCCGUCUCUCUGGUAUCAUCUGCACGAUCGGGCCGGUUUCCCGAGAUGUAGCAAUGCUGGAGAAGAUGAUGGAGACUGGUAUGAACGUGGCUCGCAUGAACUUCUCUCAUGGCUCGCAUGAAUACCACGCGGAGACCAUCAAGAACUGCCGCGAAGCUGAGAAGAAUUAUAGCGCGAAGUUAGGCGUACCAUUCUCUUUGGCUAUCGCACUGGAUACUAAGGGUCCUGAGAUCAGAACAGGACUUCUUGAAGGUGGUGGUUCAGCUGAAGUGGAAUUAAAGAAGGGUGAGACCAUCAAAUUGACGACAAACCCAGCAUACCAAGAGAAAGGAAACGCAGCGAUGAUCUACGUGGACUAUAAGAACAUCACCGGUGUUGUAAAGCCUGGGAACAGGAUCUUUAUCGAUGAUGGACUCAUCUCGAUUAUCUGUGAAUCAUCUACUGCUGAUACUCUCGUCUGCACCAUUGAGAAUGGAGGUAUGCUUGGAUCUAGAAAGGGCGUGAACCUGCCCGGUCUACCUGUCGACCUGCCCGCCGUGUCUGAAAAAGAUAAGUCUGAUCUCCUCUUCGGUGUGGAACAGGGUGUGGAUAUGAUCUUCGCGUCGUUCAUCCGCAACGGC